AAGUGUCAGCUGUUGUCAAGAGUCACAGAUACUUGUUAAUGGUGGUUGUAUAGCCAGUUCAUCCAGUCAAUGUAAAGACGUGUGCUUGUACAAUAGAGCCCAAGGCAUAUCUGCAGCCCUUACGAACACAAAAAGUAACUGCCAGGAAUCAGGAUACCGAGCUCUCUCUACAAACAAGACUAUGUACGAACAGCGAGUGAGCAAUGAUUGGAUACGGAGACCCUGUCCGACAAACACUGUUUUUUCUGAAGCUGAAUGUACCUGCGUCAGAGACAAUCGCACCAUUGUAGAUUCAGCUGGAUCGCCCUGUUCGACUUUUGCAUAUAUUCCGUUCAGAACUGACACUCUGGACAAGUCUGGUAAUGAACGAAAUACGAUGGCAGUCGGCGUUGAAAUUAUGUUUCCCGGCUCGAAAGGAUAUGCUUACUUCUCCCCUCCUUCACACAUGGUCAUCUGGUCAACCUCGAAUAUGGACUUUGGUCAUUACAUAAAAAUCACCUUCCGUUUUCGGCAUGAUUCCUCAAACGGGUCUGUAGGACAUUACACAAUAAUGGGAAACUGUUUCCCCGGAGACAGAAGAGGACCAAGCUUAUAUAUCGGCAGUCUCGUCGGGUAUAACAAAUCCAUUGUUGCCAGUUUGGACACCAGUGUGGACGUCAACGUAACAGACCUCUCGGUUAAGUAUGAUGAAGGAUGGCAAGACGUGACUGUCAUAUAUGAUGGAAAUACAUUCAGUCUCACUGUUGGCAAUAGGACAGAGAGCAUUUCAAGGCAUGGCUAUAUUACUAGGCGGCAGACUGCACUCACUAUCGCUCGACCUUCUCGGCCACAGGAUCGGUACCUAAAAGCAUGCCUGAAAGAGUUGAGAAUAUCAACCUGCUGAACUGACUCAAAACAAAGACGUGUUUUCCUGACCCGGUGAACCUCGGUACUGUAGCAGGGAUAUACGAUUUAGGUCAGGGUAAUAUUACAUAUGGUCUAUAAAAUAUGUUUUGCAUACACGAGACUGUUCAUUAUGACCCUUACUGGCUAUGUGUACCACGAUUUUAUA